GACUGGACCGCAGUGGCGGAGGCGCAGCGGAGAAUCACAGCAGCCCAAAGCUACUGCGCUCAUGGCAUCGAGGAGAAUGGAGACCAAACCAGUGAUAACCUGCCUCAAAUCCCUCCUUAUCGUCUAUUCCUUCGUCUUCUGGAUCACAGGGGCGAUCCUGUUGGCAGUGGGAUUAUGGGGAAAGUUCAUUUUGGGCCCGUAUAUCUCACUGAUAGCUGAAAACUCCACCAACGCUCCGUACGUGCUCAUCGGAACCGGAACCACCAUCAUUGUUUUCGGGCUGUUCGGAUGUUUCGCCACCUGCCGUGGAAGUCCAUGGAUGCUCAAGCUGUAUGCAAUGUUCCUGUCUCUGGUCUUCCUGGCAGAGCUGGUCGCUGGCAUCUCGGGUUUUGUUUUUCGUCAUGAGAUCAAAGGCACCUUUUUGAGAACCUACAAUGAGGCUGUUCUGAACUAUAAUGCCCAGGAUGAGAAAAGCAUUGCGGUGGACAACGUCCAGAGGAGUUUGCGCUGUUGUGGCGUUAUGAACUACACUAGCUGGUUUUCCAGCGUUUAUUUCCCCGCCAAUGGAAUUCCGCCCAGCUGCUGCGCUACCAAAUCCGAUUGUCACCCCACUGACAUGCGGAAUGCCACCAUAGCGGCCGGCAAAGUCUACCAACAGGGCUGCUAUGAGCUGGUGACGUCCUUUAUCGAGACUAACAUGGGCAUUAUUGCUGGAGUAACGUUUGGAAUUGCGUUUUCGCAGUUUUAGUGAGUACAGGAAGCGAAGUGUUAGAGAGAGAAGGGGGUGGAUUCGGGAAAGGACCACGAGACGGGAAUCGAACCCCGGGUCACCCGAUGCGCAACCGUGCCACAUGUCGGAGCACUGCCCAUGAGGCUAUCAGUUCUGAUAUAGAUUUAGUAUUUUAACCGAAAAUUAACUACAGAUGUACUAUAGAAAUCUAGAAAACGUGUUUACGUAAACAUUUUUACCAU